AUGAAACCUAAUAUGGAUUUGUUUAUAUAAUUGUUUUAUAGAGCCUGCCUACUUUACAACAAGUAUGUUGUUUAAAAAAAUAGAGAAUAAUAUGGAGUAUAUUUUACAAUAGAUAUGUUGUAAUGGGAGAUCAUAAAUAAUUUAAAAAAUGAAUGCGAACAGAAUUUGGAAGAAAUAAUCCUUCAAAUCGAGAAAACACAUGAAAAGCUUGUGAAAAAUUCGAAGAAUUGGAAAAAUCAUUUUUUGUGGAUCUAAAUGAUUGGAAAAAUCUUAAUAUAUAUAGUCAUCUUAUAACAAAAAAAAAUUUUAAGCUGAAUAGCUCUUUUAAUCUUGAAGAAAAAUGGAAGGAAUAUCUGAAAAAAGGGGUUCUAAUUUAAAUGAAUCAUAGCAAUGACUAAGCUUUAAAUUAACUAAAUGAAUUUAACAAUAAAGAAUUAACUUAAGUUGAUAAACUAAUAGUAGAAGACACUUUUAAAGAAUGGGAAAACCUCAUAUUGCUAAAGGACUUCUUAAUGAAAGUAAAAAAGAAUAAGUUUAUUUCAUAUUUGGUUCUUAUUGACAAUUAGAAUUAGUAUAGAAAAAUAAGAAAAUUCAUAUAUUUAGACAGUUUUGAAAAUUUAACAAUUUUAGGAUUUCAGUUUUUCUAAUAAUUUACUAGCUUUAAUUUAGAAAAAUUGUGAUAGUUUGGGAGUCAUAGUAAAGAAUUAUAAAAAUUUUAUCAAAAAACAUAAUUAUUAUAAUGUCACAUUAGAAUAAGCCACGUAUAAUUCACAGAUAAAAAAAAUGAUUAUCAAUUUCAAAGAGUAUUUCUAAAAUACUAAACUAAUCAUUAAAAUUCUUGAGCUUAGUUUAAGCGAAUAACAUUUUUAAAUGGAAUAACUUGAAUAGAAAAAGAUGAAUGAAUUCACAAUCCUUUACUAGCUUAAAUAUUUUAUGAGACUAUUAGAAUUAAUAUUAUCAUAAACAAUUUAAGAUAUUAAUGAUUAGAGAAAUGAACCAGAUAAAAGCAUAAUACUUUAGUAAGAGAUAAGUUUAAGUAAAAGCUACUUAACUUGCCUAAUGCAACUUUAAACAAGAAAUUUUUUUUGA